AUGGAUGACGGCUAUCAAGACGUAAUCAGGGGUUCGCCUGUUGACCGCAAACCCGACCGCGCAUCUCUUGACGCCGCUUUUGGAGUUGAGGUGCAAGCUCCCGGCCCGCUUCAUUGGUACAAUCCUGCUGUAUACACUCAAGCUGUCGCUGGAGCCACUUUGGUCGCCAAUUUUCUGAUCAAAGAGUCGUUCGAUCGCUCCAUCGCGUCCAGUAUCGGCGGCGUUACUCCCGAAGUAAACCAAGAACAUCUUCUUGGUUGUGAUCCCGCUCUCUAUCACAAUGCUAUCCAAAAUGCAACCUUGAAUGGUCGUCUCCUCAAGGAAAAAUUCGAUCAGGAUAUUGCUCGCAUUGAAUACCACCCUUUGAGUAUCGUAUAUCCUCCCCUUACCAUCCGCCAGUCGACAGAGCCUCGAGCCUUCCAUCAGCGACCUGAAUCAAUGCCUCUAGCCUCUCAAGCUGUGGAAGGUCAUGGCAAUCUAGCAUCUCACGCCCCUGAGCCUUCUGCAACUCGGGACACUCACACACCACCACCUCACACAGUUCAGGCCAAUCACCUCACUCAUCCUCAGAAUACCGUCAAGAUCAAACUCAUGCCACAUAUCACCGCAGAAGAGCCAGUUUCUGUUGGCAACGACCAGUUUGAAGAUGCUACAUUGCACGGCCGCCACAGAGACCAUGGUCGUGCUUCUCACAGCAAUACUACUGGCGAAGAUGCUUAUGAUGAUAUUCACGAUGAUGCUCACGACGAUGCUCACGACUACGGUGCUCGCCAUAUCCCUGACCCUGGAAACUCUACAGCUGCCGCUCCUGCUCACCUUCUGCCUCCUUCUACAAUCGAAAUUCAACACAAUCCUUGCUCUGCAGAGCUCUGCUCCAAGAGAGACGUCGACCACACGACCAACUAUCGUCCACCUGAACCUCCUUUUGAAAUUGACCAUCCUUCAGCACUUCAAUCUCUUCCCAAAGACCACGGCAGUCACAGUCACGACCUUCCUGAGCACGACGUCCACGACCACGACCUACCUGAGCACGAUCACAACAUAAUCCAGGUGAACAGCGACUUGAUCAAUGCCUAUGCCUCCAAGUCGGUGCUUACUCGCCCUCUCCUACCUUCCAUCACCGAGCCACUGCAAAAGAAGAAUAGACAUGCCGUUUGCAUUGAAUGUUGGAGCAGAGGUCUGAAAUGCGAUGCCAAGGUGGUUUGCGGCGAGUGUGCCUGGCGCGAUAGACCAUGCUCCUAUGUCCAAUGCCCCCUGAACAGCUGCCCCCGAGACAUCAUGUGUCCUGCGUAUCAUACAUGGAGAGGAGAUGACCAGGCACGUGUUGUGGGCAGCUCCAUGCACUUGAUAGUGUUGCUGAGACUGGACCCUCCGUCAUCAUCUCCAGAUUACGACUUGAGCGAGAUAAAAGCAAUGUUCAGCAAGCCUAAUUCAGCUGCAAGUAUCUACCGCCGAGUUGCGGCUGAGAUCAAAGAGGAAGAGGACAGUGGUAAGGGAAUUGAUAGGACAUUUGUGAAGAAGCUUGUCUUGAGACGUGGUGCUGCUGUUGCUUCAAACAACAGAGCUUUGAUGCCUAAGGUUGACUUGAUCGUCGAUCUUGUCGCCGAAAUGAAGCAGGCUAGAUAUCAAGAGCCUUACAAGCAGGCUUUGGACACAUUCAUUGUGGUACAACAACAACAACAACAACAACCAACGGCUUUGGACUGUGUAGAGCCAAAGGAGAUGGGAACAAGAAGCAAGUUGAUGUCAUUCUGUACACCAUUAACUACAAAGGAGCAAAUAGACAUGUCGCGAGAAGAGCGCCGCCAUGGAUGCGCCGCCCUUGAUACCAACAACACAGCCGAAACCACUCAGUCUUCUCCUCGCGUCGAUGCAUACAACCACAACACUACGGCCGCACAGUCUGCUGAACACGGCGUACAGAGCGUUCAGAGGCAGCAACCUUCCAUCCAUCACGCGCAUGUCCCACUCUCUUAUCGCCCACGCACUAUGGCGCAUUUUGCAGUCCCAAUUGCUCAUCCUGCCCCUUCUGGUGCUGCUCAAGCACAAAACCCCACCUCAAGCCGCCCUGCUCCCCCUGUCUUCCACGGAGACGUCGCUCUUGAGCCUCUGUCAUCAAGCAAUGCAGUACCAACCCCUCAACACCUCGCCUUCGACGAAGAGCAGCAAGAUCAAGGAAGCGACUCCAUGUGUAGCAGAAGUUGCAAUAUGAACGAUGAUCGUUUCACCAACGCCAUGCCUUGUACUCCACGUCACAGGAGCCGCAGCCCUGUCCUGGCUACGCGACCUCUAUCCUACCGCGAUCGUAGCCCUGCUCGUCGUCAAGGUAGUAGCAUACUUGAUCCCGGUGCUGAGAGUGAGCCUGCGUGGGUCUCAAACGGAGCUGGUGACCAGAACAUGGCUGAUGCAGAUGUUGAGGAUGAGCUGCUUCGUGUGGCUGAAUUGCAGAAGCAGAGGAACAGAGACGCAGUCUGUGUCCAUUGUUGGCUCAAAGAACUGCCUUGUGACCAUCAAUGGCCCUGUAAAGAAUGCAAAGCCAGAGGCAAAGCUUGUGCCUACAUCGCUUGUCCUAUGAAGAGCUGCGCGCUCGAUGUCAAGUGCCCUGCCUACCACCAAUACCGGAGACUACCGAAAGAGAAUCGCAAGAUCGGAUGCCCCAUGCACAUGAUCGCACUUUUUAGUCUCAACAAGCCCUUGAUCGAUUCAUACAACAUACAGAAGAUUGAGAAGAAAAUGGAAGUUCCGACCUCUGCACAGCAACUCUACCUCCUGCUACAGGAAGAAAUCAAGGACAUCGUUCAGCAGAGAACCACUCUCGACGACACGAUGGCCAAAAAGUUGCUUCAAGAGUCUGAGAAGGUGCCUCCUCUGGGCGACAAAGGUUUGAAGAUCAAAGCUAGGUUAAUUGUCUCGCUGGUCAAGGAGAUGAAAAAACAGCCCUUCCUUGAGCUGUGGGAGCAUGAUCGCAGACAGCGCAAGUUUGUUUCUCAGGAAAGGAAGCCAUUGGAAGUCGAGGACACACCUAUGCUCGACUCAGAAGGAUAG